CGGGAGCUUACGCCAUGUUCAGUAGCUGCUGCGUUCGUCGGAAAGGGGAAAGCGUGGGGGUUUCACAUCUCGUCUUCUACGCCCCUUUUCUAUUUAACGCACACCCAGUUCCAUUUAGAGCGCACCUCCUCCAGUCCAACAGCGGAGCAGAAGACGAGAGAGAUGAUAUGCAUCUCUACGUAAAGGACCUGCUGGACCGAUUCAACGUCGGUGCUGGUGGCUCUGCGGGCGGAGGGAGUCGUCUCCGUGAGCUAUGGCGUCGUCUUCCUCCCGCUCUGGCUGUGGAACCUCCUGGUUCUAGCCGGAGCCGUCAGCGGCAUCAUGGUGUGGAUCUGGAAGAAAAGACUGAGGUUAAAUUCACCCUAUUCCCUCCCUCAUUUACUCUUUCGUUAGCUACGAGUGCUGCAAAAAGACCUAUCCGUACACAAAUUCUAUAUCAUGAGAUGGACUUGCAGCAUAGUGAAACAAUGGAGAUAGUGAACUGCCGUAAUAUUCUACUGGUCAAAACAGUUACCAAUGCUCUCUCUAUCUUCUCUCCUGUACGGUCGCCAGAGAAGAACUUCCCCAUCUUCCUCACGGAGCUGUUGGUUGCAGUCAACCUGGACACCGGGGACCACCAGUGGAGGGCAGUCUUCACACCCCUCUACCUCCUCCCUCUCCUCUACACCCCUCCCUGCAUCUGGGGCUGCUUCCGCAAGAGAAACGUUGAUUUGGAGCUGCUGGGGAUAUUUUCUCUGGUGCAAGUGAUAUUUCUCGGCAUCAAAAUGGACGGAGUGGUCCUCUGGAAAUGGGCGCUGGUGUUAAUCCCCACCUACCUCCUGCUGGUAGCCUUCGUCACUGGGUGGGGCAUCUACGCCAGCUAUAUCCUCUACCUCCAUUUAUAUUCCCCCACGUCAACUCCGCAAGAACUUCAGACACGAAGGGCGGCCGAUGUUCUUCGCCUUGUCUCCUCCCUCGCCAUUUGGCUCUGUUCUACCAUCUUUAUUGGUCUGCUGGUGGCUAAACUGGACGGCCAGCUGACCUCUUCGUACCCUGCUAUCUUCACUCCUCUCUACCUCACCCUCCUCCUCCUCCUCCUCACCACCUUCACCCGGAGACCUGCCAACCCCUGGUGGUUCGGAGCUCACAAGCCCCUCUCCACGCUCGUCCUGGACGCCCUCCCAUUCCUCCGCGCCUACGCAAACAUUUCCAUCAUUCCAGAAGACGAUGACAUCGCUAGAAACAGUUUCGCAGCGGACGCAGUCAGAGCGAAGGAAAAAUCAAAGAACAAGCAGAGAGAUGAGAAUCUCACUAUCCCCAGUGACCUUUACCCUCUAGAAGAUAUAUACACUCCAGACUAG